UGUUUACUUUCUUUCUUCUACACAUCCUACUCAGUGGAUCGGUGAACUGAACAACAGAGAAGUGACUGUACCAAGAGUUGUCAUAACUGGUUUAAUAUUAUAUGAAAGUAUUUUUCAUGAUUUGCAAGUACAGGGAAUAAGUGUCCAGGUAAAAAAAUGUCUGCAAUUGUUCAGAGAAAAUUGGAAUUUCCCAUCAGAAAGUCGACUCGUCUUAGAAGUUCUAAAGAUGCUGAUAGUCAAGAAAAUACAGUAAAACCAGAGUCCCCAAGAAAAAGAACAAAAGAAGAAAACAGCGACAAGAAUUUACAGUGUUCUCCAAGUAAACAGAAGAAAGGGCUAAGAUCAACAAGACAACAGACACCAUCAACUGACAGAAGUGCUAAGACAUCGAGCACAAGACAGAGAUCAGAAACACCAACAACUGGCAGACGUAAAGUUGAAACACCAAAUAGGAGAAGUGCCAGACAGAGAAAUGCUGAGACACCAAUCAGGGGGAAAAAUGGCUUAUCGGACUCUAGUGAAACAAAGACCAAGCUGAAGCUAAAAAAAGGAGAGACUAAUGAAAAAAUGAACACAGAUAUGUGGGAACUUAUAUCUACAUCAUCAAGUGAUGAUGAAAAUUCAAUGCCAGCUUCUUCAAAGUCAAAAGGUCAAAGAGAAGUCGUUGCUGAAAGUAAAAUCACUGAGAAGUUCCCUUUCUCACCAAAGAAAACCGUGGAACCCUUCCGAUCACCAGAAGGGAAAAGUUUACCGUCACCGAGCAUUGUACCACAACAAGUUAUCAUAUCACCUGAGUACCCACCAUCUCCUAAAAAACAUUUAUUAUCACCAAGGGGAUCUGAUCAUCCCCUAUCACCAAGAAAAGACCUAUCGUUAGACCAUUUCUAUUCUCCGAGGAGAAAUCUCUUGUCUCCUAAAAAGUCAGAUUUAUUACUUUCUCCUCGGAAAGUAAUGUCUCCAUCUAGAAACGAGAAUCAGUUCUCAUCACGUAAUUUAAUGAUGUCACCUGGAACGAUGAUGGGUAAUCUGAAGCUGUCGUCUCCAGUACGAGUUCCUCUGUCACCAAGAAAGAUGGAUUACAACAUAAUGUCAUCACCAGGCAAAUCUCAAGGUGGUCUGUCAUUGUUUUCCCAGGGUUCACCAGUCAAGUCCCUGUUUUCACCAACCAAUUCACUCAAAUUAGAAAAACAGGAAGCACAUGCAUACCACUUGGCUAAACAGUCAUUUCAUACAGCCAAACCAGACCGUAUUGUUGGUAGAGAAGUAGAGACUGAAACCGUGAAUCAGUUUGUCAGAGGUCAUGUGACAAAGAAAGCAGGUGGAAGUUUAUACAUAUCAGGGGCACCGGGAACAGGGAAAACAGCUGUGCUUACCCAUAUACUGGAUAAUGUUAGAGCUGCUCAUAGCUGUAAAUCUGUAUAUUUAAACUGUAUGUCAUUGAGAGACUCAGCAACAGUGUAUGGUAAAUUAUAUACAGAUCUUACAGGAAAGUCACCACCAUCAGCUAAAGACAGGCUACGUGCAGUAGAGAAAUACCUCACCACGACUGGACCAAGCAUUAUUAUGGUUUUGGAUGAGAUUGAUCAACUCGACAGUAAAAAUCAAGAAAUACUAUACACAAUCUUCGAGUGGCCAUCAUUACAGAAAUCCAGACUUGUAUUGAUUGGUAUAGCCAAUGCUUUAGAUCUAACAGAUAGGAUAUUGCCACGGUUACAGGCUAGACCUAACUGUAAACCGCAACUCUUAAACUUUGCUCCAUACAGCAAAGACCAGAUUGCAAAUAUUAUUAAAGAUAGAUUAAAAAAGAUAGAGGAACAGGGUUUGGCAGUUAUGGAACCAAGUGCUAUACAGUUCUGUGCCCGUAAAAUAUCAGCAGUGGCUGGGGACAUGAGAAAGGCUCUUGAUGUAUGUCGCCGUGCCGUAGAACUUGUGGAACAUGAAGUGAAAACACAGAAGGUCUUGUCUAGUCCUACAAAACGACCACCAGCAGUACCAAAAAAGAUUGGUGUAGUCCAGAUCAACAAAGUUUUAUCAGAGGUAUAUGGCUCCAGUUCUGUAUCCAACAGUCAAGACAGCAUUCCAUUGCAACAGAAACUAAUAGUUUGUACACUGCUGUUGAUGGUUAAACAAGGCAAGAUGAAGGAGGUCACAAUGGGCAAGGUCCAUGAUACAUACUGUAAAAUAUGCAAGAAAAGACAGAUGGCAAUAGUUGAUUACACAGAAUACCAGGGCAUUUGUAAUCUGCUGGAAACCAGAGGAAUUAUGGGUAUUAAGAAAAUUAAAGAUGGACGUCUAGCAAAGAUUGUGUUGAAACUUGAUGAAAGAGAACUGGAUCAUACUUUACAAGAUAAAAUUUUAAUGUCAUCAAUAAUGAAAGAUGGACUUCCAUGAUAUAUCCCACAAUGCAUUUGAUGUACAGGAUUAAAUGUCCACAAUGAUAUUGUAAAAAGAGAUUCAAUAGAGGAAUCGGCUUAGAAGAAAAUCCAUGGUAGAUGUUCUCUGAACAGGAACAUUUAUAAUGCUUAUUUUGUUAUAAUUGACUUAAAUGAAGAAAAAUGCAAAAAAAUAGUACAAACAAAAAAUAGUUUUACCAUAAAAAUUGCAAAAAGUUCAAACAAAAUGAAAUAGUAGUAGUAAUAGAUGAAAUUCAAGGCACACUUGAUGCAUGUGUCUUAUAAACUGAUGUACCAAAAUAUAUAAGAAUUUUUAGAAAUUCCUUUUUAUGGAUGUAGAAUUCCUUAUGCUUACAAUUGCACUUUACUUUAUAUUAUGAAGUUCACUCCAUUUUAUAACUUACAAUUCAAGCUAAACCAUUUCUAAAUGAUGCAAGUCGUGUCUAGAUUAUGCAUAUGCAAAAUGUGAAUUGCUAUAACAUUGCAAUCAUUUGUGAAACAUUAUAGUACAUUUCUUUUUUUCUUUUUUAUACAAGAGAUAUAUGUAGUUUGUAUGAUUGGUAUAAUUCCAUUUUUGAAUAUCUGAUUUUAAUGAAAAAGCUGCAACUGCUUUAAAUCUAAGGAAAAUUUUUAUUUUAAGGAUGUGCCAAUUCUUGUGACCAGAUAUUUGGUUUAAGAGUCAUUUUGAGCUUUCAUUUGAUUGUUAUACUUUGUAUAUUUGAUCCAAAGUGAAUUUAAACUGAUAGUACUAAUUUUUUGUAAAGUGAGAGACUUUUGAAGACCAAGCAAGAUUUAUUGUUCUCUACGCUUGCACCUCACAAUUAGAAUUAAAGUCUGUAAGAAUGACAUCUUGGUCCGAUGUGUUGAAAAUUAAUACUUUUGACAUGAAUGCUUUUGUCUCUAUUGUUCAGAGAAGAAAAAUUAUUAUCACAUUUUGGGCAAUACUUGUUUAAAACUAUUUAAAAAAUGAAAAAAAAAACAUCUUUCAUACCUAUAUUUUUAGGCAUAAAGUUUUAGAUAAAAUUGUACAUUCCCAAGUAUGUUAUUGAUCUUCAUAUCAUUUACAAUAAUGUUGGUGUCCUGUAUUUAGUGAAAUGGUUAAGUUCUGAAAAUUCUUGGAUUUUUUUGGCAUAACAUUUAUUGCCAUGAGAAAAAAACACUUUUGAAAAGUCUUUGGCAUUGUAAAUGAGAGAAUUGUGUAUUUGAAAAUGUACAUGUAUAUGUAUGUUUGAAUAUGAAUAUUUAUUUGAAAUGAAUGUAAUUUUUAAGGAAUAGAGAUUGAUUUUGUGUAAGUGGUUUUGUGAGGAAAGAAUCAUGUAUUUGAAUUUAUUUAAGUAUGACUUGUAAUUUUAGUACAUGUUAUUAUUUAUAAAUUGUUAAUUGGGAAGUAGUUUGUAUUUGAAAUAUGUGUAUUGUCUGUAUAGAAAAUAAGUAAACAUGACUGUUUGAUACAAGUAUUUAUUAAGAGUAGCUUCACAGAAGAAACUAUUGUUUUCAGAAUGAAUGGUGAUAAAAUUGAGUUUGAAAUACUUAAAAAUAGUAAUGAUGCCAUGUGAUAGAGUGAAAUAAUUUUACAUUGUAUGCAAGGAAUUUAAUGAUUCUUAUCAUAGAUUUUUUUUUAAUUAUUCAAGUCAUUUAUAUUAUAUUUAACAUGUUUAAAGAUACAAAUUAAUUUUUACCACCGUUUGACCAUUGAUGGAUCAAGGGUUGUUUCAUUAAUUAAUUAAUGGAAUUGAAAAUUAACAUUAGAUCACUUUUUCAACUUCUAAAAAAAACAAUUUCUAUCUUAACAAUAGAAAGUGCUGUUCAAUUGUAAAUGAAUGAAUUUUUUAUUCAAGUCUGCUGUUGAUUUUGAAAUAUAGGUAAAAAAGGUGAGAAUUGCCCAAUAUAAAUGUAUACUGAAGAUUUAUAGAGAACAUUCCUUAAAUUGUCAAAACUGUAAGUCGGGUUUGAUAGGCGGAUUUUACUAUUAUUCAUUCUGUAUAUUUCAAAAUGAAAAAAUAAUUUAUUUUUCUCUUUCAAUAUAAAGUAUUAAUGAACGGUAUAUGAUUGAUUUAAUCGUGAACUGUUGAAAGAAAUGAUUUAGCAAAUGGUAUUUGAUCAGUUUCAAAAUAAGGGAAAAAUAACUAUGAAUUGGAGUAACAUCAUGCAUCAGUUUUCCUAUUUCUGAUAAACAGACCUAUGUGUUAUCUAAAUCCUCAGUAUACCUACUGUGUAAUAUCAACCUUGAAAUUCAGAGUCGGUGGUUAUUAUUAGAUGAACCAAUUUGAUAUCGGGACUUCUCGAAAAUAGCACAAAUAACAAUAAUUAUACAGUAUUGGUUUGUCUGAUUGUUUCAUUUUUAUAUGACUGUAUUAAAUCAGUUUUUCUAUUUUCUGUAUAAUGUAAUUUUUAAAUUGAAUUGAAUUUUUAUUAAUCAAUUUUAAUGUUAAAUCAGGUGAAUUGUUAAAAUAAAAUUGUUGAAUUAAUGUUUUUUGUUGCUUUAUAUAAUUAAUAUGGUAGAACUAUUUAAAUAGUUGUUUAAAAUGCUAUUACAAAACUUGUGGAAAUAAGUAAAGCAGAAAUAGUGAUAAAAAGAGAUUUGAUUGAGAGAACAUCAUUGAGAAUGCAGUCAAAUUAAAAGUUUACCAACAAAAUUUGAGGUCACCUAACAGUGCAGUUGUCUCGUUAGCCCAAAAUAGAAGGGCGCCGCGCCCUGUGUGCCCUCAGCCGCGCCCUUCUGCCCUGACGCCUUUUUCCCCAAAACCCUUGUGCCGUUUUGGUAAAAUUGCCUUUUGUUUCAUCGAUUUCUUAUCACAAAGUUAAUAACAUAUAUGACACCAGGUGAUUGCACCCAGGUUAAUCAUGUCAUUACAAUCAAUUACAGUGGAUAAGACUUCAAAGGUGUUUAUAACUAGGUAAUUUAAUUAAGACAAUGUAUCUUUUUGUCAUAAAUUUGAUGUGUCAGCGAGUGUUUUUAGCUGAGUGUUUUUAGCUUGGGUUGGCAUUUUCGAUCUCCAAGAAGAGUGUAUAAAUGAAGACUUUCAUGACUUUAGAAUAGAAUUUAAGUCAUCAAAAUACAACUAUGCCUUCACAGAAAUGCUGUCCAUCUCAACUUGUGAGCGACAAGCAAACAGUAAACGUGUUAGAAAUUAAUUGUGGAGUUACUUCCCCUGUUUUAGCUUAUUACAAAUUUGUGCUCCUAAAAUAUUAUCUAGUAUUAAAAAUAGGAAUAAAUUACCAAUUGAAUACAAAAUUAUAUAAGAAUGUUACCUUAAGGAUAUUAACUGUCUUUGAACAUACCAAAAAAAAUAUAUUGCAAUUUAUUUUUGAUAAUCAUACUUUUAGCAAAACAUGUUCUAUACAUUGUCAAUUAAGAAAUUUAAAAGAUCAAUUGUUAUGAUAAUGUUAAGCUGCAAUCCUACAUAAAUGGGCUGUGUGAAGUUAAACUAUCAUGACAUCAACUUGAUGAAACUUUACUAAAUAAUUCCUUAACACAAACAAUGAAAAAAGUUUAGAGGGCCAAACUCUAGCUGAGAAUUUUGAAAUAAGACAACUCUGUCACAUGUAUGCUUAACUAUGAGAUGUUUAGUUUAUGUUGUUUUUUUCGGAAAAGGGGGUGAGAAUAGUUAGUUAAUUUGCCUCUAUUGGUUUAUAGUGAUGUGAUGUAUGAAUGUGUAUUGACAUGUUUUAUGAACAUGUCCUAUGAAUUACAUUUUCUAAUGCAAAUUUUAUAGAAUAAAUAAUCAAAACAACAA